AUGGCCAACAUCACCACGCAGAUCCAGAGGGUGAACCACGCGGCUUUCUCCCUGAUGGGGGGGCCUGGUGGCUUUGCCAAUGGCAACAUGUCGGCCAGCGACCGCAGCGAAGGGGCAGCCGAGCUCACAGCGGAGCUCCUCAAUAAGGUGCGGGAGGGUUCGAGUGGCUCCACGCUGCUGGGAGCCGCAGCAGAGAGCGGCCACGUGCUGGCAACGCACGCGCUGCUGCUGCAUAAGGCAGAUCCAGCAAUUGCAGAUGCCAAGGGCAACACCCCGCUGCACAAAGCUGCACAGACGGGGAGCUUGUUGACGUCCUUGGUGCUCUUGGACCGCCUGCAGUCCAACGACCGCUCCGCGAGCAUCGCCGCGCUGGCCAACGCCGACGGGGAGACGCCGGAGACGGCAGCGGCCACGGCGGCCGCAGCGGGCGCCAACGUGGAGCUCUACCACGCCUUCGAGGUGUAUCAGAAGAUGCAGAAGGAUGCUCAGCACCGGCAACUGGGCUCAGUCCUGGCAUCGGACCCAACAGGGCAUCGCAUUUCAACCGGGGACGCGGUGGCGCUGGUGGACCUGGCAGUGGAGGUGCCCUCGGCAGCGGAGGCCAAUGCUGCAGCGUUGCUUCGCCGCUGCUGUGUAGGCACUGCGCUGGUGCCCAACCUCUUCCAGCGCAUUCCUGAUGACCAGGAACAGCUUGCAGCCUUGGUUGAAAGGGUUUGCUCCGGGCUGCGCACGGCGGAAGACUUCCUCCGGCGUCAGCACUGGGAUCCCAGCGACCCUGGCUUGGACCCAGCACUCAGGAGCCUCGUGGCCACCGCCGACCUGCGGAGCCAGUGGCAGAAGAUCCGCGCCCAGGCAAAGCCAAGCCGCCGCCUGCCGGCCGGCUCUGGUGCCAAGGCUGCUGCGGCACGAGGUGCCAAAGCCAAAGCUAAGCCCUUGGCGCCCCCGGCGUCGCCGGAGGAGAAGGCGGCGCGGAGGCUGCAGGCGCUGGCGCGAGGCUUCCUGGGGCGUCGCCUGGCUUCGCGGAAGCGGUGCGAGCGGCGGCAACUUGCGGAGGCCGUGCGGUGCGCCGAGGUGGCCGCACUGAAAGCGGAGAAGCGCCGGGCGGAGGCCCAGCGCGGCAAGGAGGAGGAGAAGCGGCGCAGGGCGCAGAAGCUGGUGGCGGACACCCGGCUUCUGCUGGAAGCCUCCUUCGAGGGCCAGGAGCAGAAGGUGCAACAACUGCUGGAGAGCCUCCCGGUGGACGCGGCGGCGCCCUCCGGCGCCACGGCUUUAUCGGAGGCGGCGGCCGCGGGCAAAGGCCCCGUGGUGCAACUGCUGCUGCAGCGCAAGGCCAACCCCAACAGCCGCGGGGAGUUCCAGCGGACGCCGCUGUGGCGGGCCUCGUACAGCGGACGUUUGGAGCUAGUGCCGCUGCUUCUGGAAGCUGGUGCCGACCCGCGGCUGCGCGAUGAUGACGCCCAGACCCCUGCAGAUGUCUGUGGCACGGAGGACCUUGUGUCAGUCUUUGCCUCCUGGGAUCUUGCUCGCACGGAUGAGCUGCUGGAGGACUUCAAGGACUGGCUGGAGGAGCAGCGGAGUGCCGAGCAGCAGCGCCACCUUGCGGCCACGCAGGGCCUGGAGCGCCGCUACGAGGCUUCCUGGAAGAGGCACCAGGCCGCGCAGAUGAUGCUGGCGAAAGCAAAGAUGCAGAUGCGAAGCAGGGAGAAGGAGUGGGGCGCAAAGCUUGCAGCUGGCCACAAGGACGCCUUGGACGCCUGUGCCUCUGCUGAUGCCGCGCUACGGGAGGCUGAGGAGGCGGCAGAGGAGGCACGCAGGGACUUCGAGGAGGCUGCCUUGGCACGCCUUGAUGCCAUGGGGGAUGGAGUCCUCCCUGGCCGUGACGUGCCGGUGAAGGCGCUGAACGACGUGCUCAUCAAGGACUUGGGGGGCCGGAUCGCAGGGAGCAACAGGUGGCCGCUGGUGGUGGAUGCUGGGGAGAUCGCUCAGAAGCUCCUCCAGUACUCCGGCAACGCGUUGCUGAGUUUCUUCGGCGACGUGGCGCCGGAGCGCCUGCGCCUGGGGCUGCUCACCAUGCUCCGCGCAGGAGGCAUCCUGGCGCUGGACUUGCAAUCUUUCGGCGCGGGCGUCAGCCUGGAGCUGCUGAAAAUGCCCUUUGAGGAGCUGCAGAAAGGGCUCUUCCAGCACCUUUGUAGUCGCCAGCUGCUGAAGGCAACGGGCGGCCGGCCAGCCUUCUUCGACUUGAUCACCAAGGAGGAACGGAAGGAGAAGUUCCCGCCCCAGGUUUUUGAUGAGCAGCGUCUGGCCAGCUUCAAAUUCCUGGUGGUCACGUCCACCGACCUCCCACACGAAGAGCUGAUGGAGCACUUUGACCUCAUCCGCGUGCUGCCAGUGACCCAGAGUGGUGCACGCUUCCGCCUACGUGGGGUGAAUUGGUACGGUGCCAGCGACAGCGCCCACGUGGUGGGGGGUCUGGAGGUGCAGAGCCUGGACACCAUUGGCCGAUCUAUUGCUCAGCUGGGCUUCAACGUCGUCCGCCUCCCCUUCUCCAAUGAGAUGCUGAGGAGCCUUUGUCGCGAAGGAAGUAUCAACUUCGAGAAGAACCCCUCGCUUCGUGGCCUGACUGCUUUGCAGGUCUUUGACGAGGUGAUCCAUGCACUGGGGCGUCAGAAGCUGGCAGUGGUGUUGAACAACCACACCAGCUAUGGCGAGUGGUGCGGCGGGCCUGAUCGCAACGGCUUGUGGUUUGACCCCAGCAGCGACACGUACACAGAGGAGCAGUGGAUCGAAGACUGGGCCAUGCUCGCGCGGCGCUACAAGCACUGCCUCUACGUGGUCGGCUUUGAUCUGCGCAACGAGGUCCGCUUCUGCCCCUGGCCCUUCCGUUGGCCCAGCCUGGGCCCUCGCCCCUGGCCAUGCGCCGACUGGGCGUCGGCGGCCGCGACCUGCGGGCGCCGUGUGACGGAGGCGGCGGGGACGCCACGGCUGCUGGUGGUCGAGCGGAUCAUUUGGCCAAUGCGGAGCUUGGAGGCGUAUGCAGCAGAGGGCCUGCUGCUCCCGGACUGGAAGGACCACCUGGUUUUGGGCGUCCAUCACUACAGCUGGAACGGCCCAGGCAGAUAUCUCGCCUUCGGCCACAUGAUGACAAAGGGCUUCAUGUGGUUCAUGAAGAUCUUCCUCCGUUUGCUGGGCAUCUUUUCUCCGCGGAACUACGGCGACAUGGCGUCCCGCGAGCUGCGGGAGGAGCUGCACCGGCAGUGGGGCCACCUGCUGGAGAGGGACGUGUGCCCCGUGUGGGUCAGCGAGUUCGGCACCAACAAAGGGGGCUACGACCUCAGCUGGUUCCAGCGCUUCGUGGAGAUCUUGGGCCAGAUGGAGGCCGACUUUGCCUACUGGCCGCUGAACGUGGGGCCAAAGCCCAGCUGCGGCGGGGAGGAGAGCUACGGGGUGCUCGGGCCUGACUGGACGCCCAGUAUGGACAAUGAGCUGGACGACUUCUGGCAAACCCACCUUACUGCAGAUGCCAUGGUGAGCACCAUGCGCCAGGCGGUGGGCGACACCUUUCAGCUGCUCCUCACUGCCUUGUGGCUCUACACCCGGGAGGCUUGGCUGCGGCACCUGUUGGACGCCUUGUCCGUGGCGCUGUGUGCCUCACACACCGACGAGGGCAACCGCGGCGGCACGGGCUCGGCGCCGGAGCCGCCGCUGGCGGAGCUGGCGCCGGCCUUCGCCCCCGUGGCGCCGCUGGUGGAGGCGCUGGCGCCGUGCAUGCAGCUGGUGCAGUCCGCUCUCUCCUGGUUUGAGGAAGCCAACAUCCGCCACACAGCAGUCACGUACCGACCGCUACUUUUGCCCAUGCUCGGGCUGCAGAAGCUGGUGGACAGGUACGUGGCCUCCCGAAAGACUCCGGAGCCUGAGAAGGAGCGCCGCCUGGAGAGCGGCUUCUGGCUCUCCUUAGGCGGCGGCUCCUUCUUCAGCGCCCUCUCCUCCCGGAGCAUGGCCAUCAGCAGACUAGCAAAAACUCGGUGCAAUGUGCUGCUCAUCAUCAGGCCGGAUGAGAUCUCGCCCAGCUUUCCGAAGCACAUGUCGCUGCGUGGGAACAAUGUUGAUGACUCUUUGUUCUCCCUGGAGACGAUCUUCCGAAUUGGGCGCAUCACCCGGACUGUCAGCACGGAGCUGGACGUGGACGGCUCCUCCAGCUUCACGGGGCCCAACUGCCGCUGGCCCGUGAUCAUCAUCGAAGUGUACUCCGUGAGUUGCUACACGGAAGCCAUGGAGCUCCUACAAGAGCGCGGCCAGCUGCGCAGCGGGGAGCUCUUGUCCAGAGUGGAGGAAUGGACGCAGUGUGCUCCACCUGAUCGGGAGGCGGAUCGCCUCUACGCUGCGGGCCUUCUGCUUUCCAAGGUCGCACGCUCCACGGAGAGCAACUUUGGAGGGCGGAAGCCCCGCUACCCGGCGGCCGAGCUGAACACCUUCAAGGAGAAGGCCAAGGAGAAGCUGCUGGCGGCCGCUGCGUGCGCCACUGCGGGGGGGCACUGGGAGCUGGCGGCGCAGGCGGCGGCCGCUGCGGAGGAGCUGAGCUCGAAGGUCUGCUGA